AUGACCUUCAGUAAAGAAGAAGACAAUCGUAUUAUUGGAUUAGUGAAAGAACACGAACGUGACUUCAAGAAAAUAGCCAGAUUAAUGGAAAAUUGUCGCAGUGCCAAACAGAUAAGAGAACGAUAUGAUAAUCAUUUGGCUGAUGAUAUCAAAGGAGAAAAAUUAAAUGAAGAUGAGGAGAAAGUUUUCUGGGAACUUUAUUGCAAAUAUAGUACUGAAAAGCAAAAAUGGAAGCUCAUUAGCAGCCAAAUGAGUGGACGAACGACGUUGCAAGUAAAAAACCACUAUAAUAACUUUCAGCGCAAGUACUAUCGACGAAUUAAGAAACGGAAGGACUUUGCUUUAAUACUUAACUGA